AUGAUAGCGAAAUUGGUCAGUGUCCCUGGCGGCAAAUCCCGACGCCGUCGACCUCGUUCAGAUGCCGAGAGUGCUGAGGCUCCCACGUCUCAGGCAGUACCUGAAAUGCUAAAUCUCCGUCAACCAGCGCUGUGCUUUGGGCCGACGACCAAGACAAUCCGGAAUCGGGCCCUCGCUAGAACCGGCCGCAUUGUGGAGAUCGUGAGCUUGCUUUGGCUCUCGCCGAGUAGCGUUGUGGCCGUCCAUGGCCUCGGCGCCGACGCCGACUGGUCGUGGACAUGGAAGGAUGGCGACAGGCCCGUCAAGUGGCUCGAAGACCUCAAUAUGCUCCCUACGAAGGUGUCCAAGACGAGGAUCCUCGUGUACAAUUACGAGUCAAAAUGGCACGCAGACGCUCCGAGUACGCGCCUCCAGCUGUGUGGAGAGGAACUUGUGCACAGCAUCCACUCGUUCCGCCGCGAUAAGGACCGUCCACUUGUCUUUGUCGGCCAUAGCCUAGGUGGAAAUGUCAUCGCUCAUGUCAAGGCUCUCGUAUACGCCAACUCCGGAGACGAGUACCGGUAUUUGCCAGAAGUGACGGCGGGUCUCGUAUUCCUAGGCACCCCUUUCCGAGGCACGAAGAUGCAGUCCUUACUCGACUACCUAGCAUGUGUAAUGCAAUCAGCAGGCUCGCACCGCGGAAUUACCAAGGAGCUUGGGUACGACGAACCGGCCCUGUUGGACAUCUUGCAGAAAUUCUGCCGGCAGUGUAACAAACUGUCUACGCCUGUCUGUUGUUGCUUUGAGCUCUAUGAAACGGACUACGGGGGGCGGUUUGGGGUUCUAGGCAUAGCAAAAGGAAAGGUCGUCGAAGAGGCGUCUGCUUGCAUCCCCGGCUACGACAGAUGUGCCCUCCAGACCGAUCACUUGAAGAUCAACAAAUAUGUCGGCCCGACCGACCGCUCCUUCUUAACCGUUUCUGGGAAGAUUUCCGAGAUGUGUGCGAAUGCGCGCAGCGUUGUCCAACGCCGGCGAACACAUGCACUGUCUGAGAAGCCCGAGGCCCGAGACUGUCUCCGCGACCUCUUCCUAACGGAUCCAUUCGAAGAUAAGAACGCGCUGAAGCGGAAGGGAAAUCGCGCUGCAGGCACCUGCGAGUGGAUCCUGGGCACAGAGGAGCUCACCGCCUGGCUUAGGGCCGGCCAGACGGCCGAGCCCGAGAGUGGCACGGCCCAUGUCCUGUGGCUCCAUGGCAACCCUGGGACGGGGAAAUCGACCCUGGCCAUCUUCCUUACCGAGGAACUGUCGAAGGACUUCUCGGCAACGGAUGGCAAGACGCUUGCCUACUUUUUCUGUGACUCCGGCUUCGAUAGGCGGAAGACAGCCACGUCAGUCGUCCGUAGUCUGCUCCUCCAGCUCGUCCAGCAGCACCCCCAGCUUCUUGACUAUGUCUUACUCAAGUACAACGAACGCGGAGCGGAGCUAUUCAAGUCGUUCGACGCCCUUUGGACGAUCUUCAUGGCUAUAGCUGCGGAUGUAAAGACGGGCCGGAAGUACUGCAUCGUGGCUGCGCUGGAUGAAUGCAAUCGAGAAUCGCAAGAGAUCCUACUACGGCAACUAGAAGAAACCUCUAAAACCAAAACGCCACACAGUUACCUAAAAGGAUUCCCAAAUAAGGACUUGGCGUCCUUCUCGGAAAGAAAGCAAGAUACUGAUCGAUGUAUCGAAGAACGAACCCGGAGACGCGACUACACAGACCCGGUGAAAGAACAAGUCAACGACAUCCUCAGAGAGAAAGCCCAAGGUACUUUUCUCUGGGUUGGCUUACCCUAUGAGGAGCUAGGGGAUAUUUUUUCAAAGGAUGCCGUCCAAACUCUACAGACCAUGCCACGUGGACUUGAUGCGCUCUAUGAGAAGUCUCUCGGCAUAGCUCUCGGGCAGGAUACGGCCAACGCCAAUGCGGUUCGACGCAUUCUCGCCUUUUUUACCGUGUGUCUACGGCCAAUGAGCGUCCUGGAGCUUUCUGAAGCCUGCCAGUUACACCAAGAACAGGAAGAUACGGAGACUCGGGUUCAGUUCACACGCGAGCAGAUCGCGUCGUGCCGCCUGAUAGUCAUCAUUCAAGACGACAAGGUGUCCUUUCUGCAUCAAUCCGUUAAGGAUUAUUUUACAGAGGGGGCUGAAUAUUUUAUCAACGAGCACGAAGCACAUGCCGACCUUGCAUAUCGCUGUGUUGAUAUUCUUAUCGAGCAGUUCUACGAGACCAGACUACGAUUACGGAGGAGGUGGUAA